UAUUUGGCGGUGCAGACUGGCUACGCAGCAUCACUAUUUAUUUCACUCGUACAUAUAUGUCUGACGCCACUCUGACACGCUUUCAGGGUAUCUUCUAGGGAUCACCCAAUGGUUGUAAACUUGCCCAAGAAAUUUUUCGGUUCCGUCAAAGACGAGUGGCAGUUGUACAGUGACCGCUCCAUCGACUACACCAUUGGAUCUUCUAUUGGGUUCGGAGCAUCAUCUGUCGUCUAUGCCGCCAUCUACAACCCUCGUCCGCCAGAACCACAACGUCCUAUGCCAUGCGCGUUGAAAGUUCUUGACCUGGACGUUCUACCGCCUCAUUCACUAUCUUUAUUAAAGCGGGAGACACAGCUUAUGUCCCUGUUAAAGCACCCAAACGUGCUACGUGUCCGUGGCAGUUGGGUGGAUGGUCACAAGAUAUACAUUGCUCUCCGCCUCAUGAACAAGGGUAGCGCUGCCGACGUAAUGCAUUAUGGUUGGCCUGGUGGAAUGAAAGAAGAGGUUGUUAAAUGCAUCCUUAAACAAGCCCUUGAAGGCCUAAACCACUUGCAUAUUAACGGAUUCAUCCAUCGUGACGUAAAAGCUGCUAAUCUUCUUAUCGACGACGAUGGCACGGUUUUGCUAGGCGAUCUUGGGGUAGCCGCGUCCCUCACAGACGACGCUGAUAUGUCAAGUAGAGCUUGCAAUGGCGCUGGAAACCGCGUCAUCAGCUUUGCCCCAGUGUCCACUGCCAAGAGCUCCUAUUCGGCACUCCCCCCACUUGAGCACCACAGUAUGGGGAAGCGAAAAUCAUUUGUCGGAACACCCUGUUGGAUGGCGCCAGAGCUUAUUCAGGGUCAUUAUUACGAUUCAAAGGCUGAUAUCUGGUCAUUCGCGAUAACUGCUAUUGAGCUCACCCAAGGUCGUCCUCCAAGAUCAAGAGAAAGCGCUCAUAGUGUCUAUCUACAAACUGUUCAGGGCAAACCACCGACGCUUGAUUCGGUAGGGGGUAUUCACCACUAUUCACGCGCCUUCAAGGACAUUGUCGACGCAUGUCUGGUAAAAGAUCCCUCCAAACGUCCAACAGCGGCACAGUUGCUCCAAACCCCAUUUUUCAGGUCCGCGAAAAAGAAGUCCUAUCUUAUCGGCACGAUUUUGGACGGUCUGCCGCCUCUUACAAUGCGACAAGACCGCCGUAGAUAUCAGCCAAGCAUGGUUACUCAUGGAACGAUGGAUUCAUGGGACUUCGACUCCACGGAGAUUACACCCUUGAUCCCGUUGUGUUCGGACAGAGGGGGAUCAAGGGAUGUGUCUCGAAGGGGAAGUCUUGACGUCGGAUCAGACGAUCACCAGCAAAGAGACAGCGCCAAUCAUGCAGCCCCUAGAUAGCAGCACUUCAUACUCAAAUCCCACCAACCUCCAGGGUGCUGAUCCUGAAGGAGAGGAUGAAUUUUCGGAUCCUCCACUUCCUUCAUCAGAGUCCUCCCUACCCCAUGCUGG